AAAGGAAACAUCUUACCUUCACUAUGCGUUCAUGGGAAAACCCAAGUCCUCGAGCUAAAGGCCCCCUCAUUUGAGUCUUCCAGCGGAAGUCCUAAUCGUCGGGCCUGUUAACUUGCGCCGGACCUCUUUGCCUUCUCUUCCUUUGCGUGUGCCCUACGGACGUCUCCUCUCCCCCUACGUCCGUCCUUCCCUGCUACCACCACGCUCGCGGACCGCAAGAGAAAACGAGGCGACGGAGGGAUGUCCCAUGACGGAUACUACGCCUCCUCGCGGGACGACACGCCGCCGCCAGCCCCGCACAGCGCGACCUCGGGCUUCAGCGACCCCGCCAACCCCAGCACUGUGCACUCCAUGACCGACUCGAACGGCCUCAUGCCGCGUACGCACGUAGCGGUUCCGCCACAGCUCCAGGGCGACGAGGACCAAUCCAUGAGCGACUCGGACCGCUCCAAUUCGUCGUCCGCACUCAAUCUAUCGCAGGCUUCUGUCCUGGACAUUGUCAAAGAAGGCAAGCGCGUCAUCGCCGCAUUCCUCAGAGAGACGCAGUGCUAUGACGUCAUCAAGAACAGCGGCAAGGUCGUGGUCUUCGACGUCAAGAUCCCCAUCAACCUCGCCUUCUUCGCACUGGUAGAGCACGACAUCAAGUCGGUGCCCAUUUGGGAUGCCGAACAGGGAAAGUUUGUGGGUAUGUUCACGGCGACCGAUUUUGUCAACAUCUUACGCCAUUUCUACAUCCGCGGGUCGCCCAUGAACGAGCUAGCAGAGCACAGCAUCGCAUCCUGGAGAGCAAUCCCGCGAUCCCUGUCAAUGGCACCGACACGGGAGGAGAUGGUGUCGGUCACACCAGAGCACAAUCUUUACGAGGUGUGCAAGAUGCUUCGCGACAAUAGGCUUCAUAGACUCCCCGUAGUAGACCCGACCCAGAACUCGGUCUUGGCUGUCAUCACGCACAGCGGGAUUUUGGAAUACCUGGUGGCCACCUUUCGCGAGCAGCGCAGACUGUUCGACCAGCCCAUCUUCGAUCUAGGCAUUGGCGUCUACAGCGGCUUCGUGACUGUUCCGGAAGAUAUGCCGCUUAUUCGCGUGCUGCACACCCUAAUUGAACGGAGGGUCUCGGCGGUGCCGAUAGUGGACCCAAGUGGCGUUGUUGUGAAUAUUUAUUGUGUAUCGAACGUCACCGAGUUGGUGAAGGACCGGUCACUUACCCAGUUAGACAUGCCUGUGGGAGAAAUUCUCAGGAUCCAAGCUGCUGAGGUGCGCUGAGGAGUUGAAGAGUUUGUACUAUUAAAGCCGUGCUGACCGUGGACUGUGCUGUUGCAGGGCAACGUCGGUGAAGGCUUACAUCUGUGUUACAAGACCGACACGCUGCACAUGAUAUUCGAGCGGUUCGCUGCGUGUAAAGCUCACCGCUUUGUGUGCGUGGACGAGUAUUCGCGCUGCGUAGGGCUCGUAUCCCUCAGCGAUUUGUUUAAUUAUUUCCUCGACUAGCGAGCGAAAAGUACAAAAGUGUCUCGCGCUUGGAGCGACAGAGGACAGACGUAAAGGAAAUGAAAAAACAUCGUGAAGCAGGCGAACCGCAAGUGGAUGCGUGAACGUCGGGGACAAGAAGACCACAAACAAAUCAUACAACAACCAAAUUUGAGAGAUGGGGGAGCAAGGACGUAUAGAGUCUCUUUUGCACCACACGUGAUCGCCUCGGUUAUCUUAAAUCGGGCCUUGACCAGGAGAGAUGGCCUUAAGCCUACGACGCGUAAUGUUAACGUACUAGUACAGUAACGACAGAUAAUGCCAUCACCAUUGCAACACCAUGACCGCUGCAACUGGAUAGUGCGCCUUCAUAUAAAUGGUUAAGUAUUGACUGCAUCGCAGCCUUCUUCAUUAAUCAACAAAAAUAUUCUGGUAA